AAUCGUACACAGUUCUGAUUACACCCCAGCAGUGAUUGCACUAGGAGCGGAAUUGACCGUGUUUCAAUGGUUGCACACAGUCGCGGACCUGCCAGCGUGUUUGCAUCAACCAAGUAACGAUGCUUAAACCUUGCGUCUUGGCUGCAAACUUCUACUGUUAUUCAGCUGGGUGACCGGAGAAAGCGUAAAUGUGACAUUACUUCUAUGUUGUGCUCAGUUUAUUGUUCUGGUCCCAGACGCAGACCAGCAAUUGUGUAAGAAGAUGUUGAGUCGACUGAUGAGCGGAAGCAUCAGAAAUCUGGAGAGAGAAUACAAUUGCACCGUCAGGCUUCUGGAUGAUACGGAAUAUACAUGCACUAUCCAGCGCGACGCCAAGGGCCAGUAUCUGUUUGACCUCAUUUGCCAUCACCUCAACCUGCUGGAGAAGGACUACUUCGGCAUCAGAUAUGUGGACCCUGACAAACAGAGGCAUUGGUUGGAGUUUACAAAGUCAAUUGCCAAACAAAUGAAAUCCCAGCCACCUUUCACCAUGUGUUUACGAGUCAAGUUCUACCCUCCGGAUCCGGCAGCUUUGAAAGAGGAAAUCACCAGGUAUCUUGUCUUCCUGCAGAUCAAGAGAGAUCUGUACCACGGUCGCCUCCUGUGCAAGACGUCGGACGCCGCCAUGUUGGCCGCUUACAUCCUGCAAGCUGAGAUCGGGGACUACGACCCGGGCAAGCACCCGGAGGGGUACAGCUCCAAGUUCCAGUUCUUCCCCAAACACUCAGAGAAGCUAGAGAGGAGGAUUGCUGAGAUCCACAAAACAGAGCUGAUAGGACAGACGCCUGAGACGUCGGAGCUGAACUUCCUGCAGAAAGCGCAGAUGCUGGAGACGUACGGAGUGGACCCUCACCCAUGCAAGGAUGUGUCCGGAAACCCCGCCUUCCUCGCCUUCACCCCGUUCGGAUUUGUCGUGCUUCAGGGAAACAAGAGAGUCCACUUCCUUAAGUGGAACGAAGUUACCAAGCUGAAGUUCGAGGGGAAGACAUUUCAUAUAUAUGCAAAUCAGAAGGAGGAUAAGAAGAUCAUCUUGACGUACUUUGCACCAACACCUGAAGCCUGUAAGCACCUGUGGAAGUGUGGAGUGGAGAACCAGGCCUUCUACAAGCUGGAGAAGUCCAGUCAGGUGCGGACUGUGUCCAGCAGUAACCUGUUCUUUAAGGGGAGUCGGUUCCGAUACAGUGGCAGAGUUGCAAAAGAAGUGAUGGAGCAAAGUGCAAAAAUUAAAAGGGAGCCUCCAGAAAUCCACAGGGCUGGCCUGGUGCCCAGUAGGAGCUGUCCGUCCAUCACUCACGGCCCCCGGCUCAGCAGCGUCCCCCGGACACGCCGGAGAGCGGUGCACAUAUCAAUAAUGGAGGGUCUGGAGUCCCUUCGAGACAGCGCCCACUCCACCCCGGUGCGCUCCGUCUCCCACGGCGACUCCUUCAUGCCCCGCUCGCGCGGCGCGGACGCGGGCGAGGCGGCCGCCGUCAUCUCGGACGAGGCCUACAGCCCCUCCGACAGCGUGCUGCCCACCCCCGUGGCCGAGCGCAGCCUGGAGCUGGCCAUCUCCCGCCAGAUCAACGGCGCCCCCUGCAGCAUCGAGGAGGAGAAGGAGUCUGAGGCGGGCACGCCCUCGGCGGGGGACGUGGCGGAGUUCGGGCCGGCGGGCGCGGCCCCGAGCCACGGGGAGAGCCCCUCCUCGUCCGGGGAGGCGACGCAGGUCAGCAAGUUCGUCCUGAGCGUCCUGCGGCUCCUCCUGGUGACCCUGGGACUCCUUUUCGCCCUGCUCCUCCUCCUCAUCGUCCUCACCGAGUCGGACCUGGACAUCGCGUUCCUGCGCGACAUCCGGAAGACGCCGGAGUUCGAGCAGUUCCACUACGAGUACUUCUGCCCCCUGCGGCGGUGGCUCUCCUGCAAGCUGCGCUGGUUCGGCGGGCUGCUCAUUAAGUGAAACGGAGACACCUGGGCGUGAGGCGCCACGCCCCUCCUCUCCUUCCCCUCACCCCCCCCCCACCCCCACCCCCCACCCCCCGGCCCCCUUUCGGGGGGUUCGAGAAGACGACGCGAGCGAGCGAGCGAGCGACGGAGGGCCGUCCCAUCCCAUCACGAACCAUCCGCAGACUCACGCCACGUACUCGACUGGGCACGCUCCUGGGAGAAGCCCCCUCAUCCUGGGUCUCCACCCCUUUUUUUACAAAGCAAGAGGAGGACAUUUUUCUUUGUUUAUUUUCUUCUCUGGAAUUUCAGGUCAUUUCAGGUAUUUUAUUUUUACAAAAAAAUAAAUAAAAUGUAAAACAAACAAACAAAAAAAAAAGACAUGUAACCGACAUCAAAGCAAUGAAAACGACACAGGAUUAAAACUUUGUUACAACCCAAGGAAAACGAUGCCUUUAUUUUCUAUUUAUUCAUUUUAAUGUAAAUCGUACUUCACUUGGGACAGAAGGAAGUAAAGUGAGAUGGGCAGGAAGUGGUUGAGUUACCAUAGAAAGAAAUGAGUGGGGACUUAUAAGAGAGGUGGACAGACAUUGCCUGUUUUAUUAUUUCAAUGGCAAUGACAUAACGUCCAUGUUAACCCUUACAAUGCUGGUGGCUUUCUCUGGGCUGCCUUGGUGACAUCACAGCAGAGAUGUUUCAUGUGGACAUUUGCUUUGUGGAUUUGAGGGAGCAUUGUAUUCAAAGACGACAGGGGUAAUUGUCUGGAAAGAGGAAGGUAUUGUGAGGAAGCAGAUUUUUUUAAAGAACCUCAGUGUUGAAAACCUGUGAUGAGUGGUUAAGAUGUUUUUUAUUUAUAAAAUGGUCAUGAAUUAGUUGGCUUAUUUCAAAAAGCUUCUGCUAUACUUUCAUAGGAUUUCAAUUAUGUGUAAGCAUUAGAAAGCUGUGUAGUAGAGUUCAGAUUUUUAAAUAAUGAGUUUUUUAAAGGAUUAAACUAGAUACAAUGGUGUAAUGUUAUGUGACCUAGCAAUGCCAGUAGGUAGUAGAGACGUGUUCAUGGUCAACCUCUUGAAAACACUCACUAGCUCCCAUAGAUCCAGUCUAAAUAGAUGUGCAAUAUUAUAAUUUUCUGAUUUUAAAACAGAACAAACAAAAAACCUUAAAGGCCUUUUGUAAAGAGUGCAUUUGUUUUGCUUGAUUUGGUUUUGAGUAAUGUAUUAUCCUGGUUUUAUUCCAACUACCACUCUAAGUACAAUGAAAUUGGUGGGUUUUCUCAAUGUAAAAUGAAAUAAUAAUUUGGGCUUUCAAUUCCAUGUUGACUAUGCUCUUGCGUUUAUAAUUGUGGGAAUAAUACCAUGAUUAAUUACUAGUACAACAGUAAUAAUGCUGUACUUUUUUGUACAAAGUAGUUUAUUUCCUAAUAUAUUGACAGCUUUUCCAUGUAUAUUUUAACAGAAUUGAAAUGUUAUUUUAUUAUUGAAAAUUAAAUUAUACCUUUUUUAGCUCUACGGUUGAGGUGAGACUUAGUGUCUAUGGGGAAAAUGGGAAUGGAAUGGAAGGCCCUGAGUGUUUAUCCAGUUUCGCUGACCGCUCAUGUCUGUGCCACCUCACGCACAUAAGAGAACCCACAUAUUUGUUCAGACACACACACGUUCAGUUACCAAAGAUACCUCUGUGUUCAGAGGCUUGGCAGACUCCAUUCACGGACAUGAAGAAUUAUUAAAUCCAAGUACAUCAGACCAAAUGGGUCAAAUACGUAUUUGUUUUGGAUACAAAUACUUUUCUGUGCUCUGUUGAUCUUGCCUGGUGUAAUUGAGCCUGCCAAUAUGACCAGGCAGGGCUUGCACUUUUGGAGAGUAUUUCAUUGGUUCCAGUACACCAGACAAGAUCGGUAAAGCGUAAAAAAGUAUUUGAAUCCAAAACAAAUACGUAUUUGACCCAGGUCUGAAGUACAUCAUAUUGUGUCGGUCUCAGUGUUCUUUGAUCUGCUUUCAGAGGUGAGAACAGUGCUUGUGUGGUCCGGCUUUAGGAAGCAGUUCCUAACUUAAGAUUCUGGAUAAAAACCCUGUUUUUUUGUUGUUGACCCCCUCCCCCCAAAUUCGUCAUGUGAGAAUGUAGGUGUGUGUGUAUGCAUGUAUAUACGUAAACCUAAAAUCAAACCGAUAUUGUGAAUCCCUAGACUAAAAAAAUUUAGAUUAAUUUAUUUUUCAAAUUUCUUAAAAUGAUUUUAUUUUAAUAAGAUCAAGAGAGAACGGGUAUGGGAUAAAUGAAAAUAACCAUGGCACAUAGGUUGUAAGAAGGGGGAGGGGUGGAGCUUGGGGAGAUGGGUGUGGCUUAUGGAGCUUGUGACUACCCAUGCAUAUGCACGAUGGUUUGGACCAGGACAGGUGGUAUUGUGUGGUCUUGCUGCUCAUUGUCCUAGUUGAAAUCAAAAGUCCAUCAGAAUGUGAAUGGCCAAAGCCUUGCUGUUUCAGUGAAUAAUAUGGCUGUUGAGCCCCAGGAAUCAAUCACAGUAGUCCUCUGUGGAUAGCCUUGUAAAAAAAUACCCCACAAAUGUCUAUUUCUACUAGGCAUUCAUGGCUCCUGCAAUGGGUUACUUGAUUAAUGCCUAAGCUGAUUGACUGCUUCUCUGGUGCAUUGAUGAGACAUUGCAGUUCACAUCUUGUUAGCAUUAGCAUCGCUGAUGGUAGAGAGGUGCUGCUCUCGUAGCGACUGGCAGGUGAGUUCAUUGAUGCUACACACAAAUUGCCCGUUGGGGACAAUACUGAUGGGUUGCCCUCUCCAACAUACCACCCCUCAUUCAGUACUCCGAGUGGGCCAUGCCCACUUUUCUGUGGGAUGGUGUGAGACAGGCAUCUGAAUGCAGGUGUCGUUUGAGCGACAAGGUUUUUGAACCCGGAUUUCCUGACAUGGAACUGGCAAUUUAUUUAAAAUAGGCCUUUGCCAUUGGGGCUACAAACAGUUUUUGAAAUCCUUAUGAGAAUAAUGCAUGGUCUGCCAUCCACAGACUUGUGCAUGCACUUACUUUAUUUAAAACAUCUUCAAGGAGUAAAAAUGUAACAUAAACAUUUGACAGCAAAUUAAUUGAUUGACAUACUUUCAUUUUAUUUUUUCAUUGGUUGAUGAACAAUUAACCAUAUAAAUAUAUUUUAAGACAGAAUAAUUGCAGUGAAGUGUUUUUGUUCAUUCGUUCUUUUUGGCCUAGCUGUGUGCACUGAAAGAAGUGGACAGAAAAUCAGGGUGGCUCCUGACUGGUUUUAUUUCUUUUAAGUGGGGGUGAUGGUAAUUAGUAUUAGAUUGGGGGAACGUGAAUAAUUACAGUGUUGAAUUAAUGGUCUGCAUUGUACUCAUUUACAUUGUAACAGCAUUAUGUAGCUUCAGCAUAUAAAAAUGGUCUAUCAACAAAUGUACAACGUUUUGACUGCAAUACUCAGCAAGCAAUAAACAAUAAUAAUUAUAAAAACAAAAAAUGUCGUAUGGGUAGCCUCAGGCCAUAAACUGUUGGAUAUGGUUUUCUGAAAUUGGAAGUUGUGAUGUGUUGAUUAUUGAAUGUCAAGGGUAGUGAGAACAUUCUAAAAUUCUGUUGAAUUAGGGAUACUUUUUUAUUGUGUUAUUAUUUAUAAAAUGUCUGAACUCAAUAUAGCUGCUGAAUUACUUUUAUUAUUAUUAUUAUUAUUAUUAUUAUUAUUUACCGGUAGUAAUCCGAUUGUAAGGUCUAUUUGAAGGUUGAUACUUUGUGGAAAUUAAUCUGCAAAUGUAAGUUUUCUAUUGUUGUAUUACAAAUACCUUUGGUAUGGUUCUGUUUACACGGGACUGAAGGAGCGUUUCCCAUGCUACCAAGGCCUUUCCUCUACAAAACACCCUAUACUCAUCAUCCAGGCAAGCGAGAGCUGAAAAGAACUACAAAAGGAAUCAUGUUACUUCCUGGUAGUGUCACCUCCCCCUUUUUUAGAUUCAAACGAGCUUUGUUGUUUGUUGUGGAUGUAGGUGCAAAUGGGGCAUGCUACUUGAAUGCCAGUCCUUCUGGCUGUGGGCACUGGCUGCACACACAUUGUAAGUCUCCAGUCUUUUUGGGCUAGCAUCAUCUUGCCACAGUUCCGUCAAACCACACGCACUUCAGUCCAGCAGCUUAAACACAUCAACUUCGCUUUGAGUGGGCAGUGCAAAGAGUUGGGCUUGUUCAGCAGUCAUAUUUGGAUAUAUUUGGAAUAAUUCAUACAGUGAAUAAACAAGGGGUUCAAGUGCAGAGUUUCAAAUAAAUUUGCUUAGUGCUUGACAGACUGCAAGGUGGUGAACACUGAUCAAUUUAGAAUAGCAAAAAUAAUAGCAAUGUAGGCAGCGACUGUAUACCAUAAAUGUGGACAAUGGCAUCUCUGUGUUCACACUUUGGAAUAAAUCUUUAGUGUAAUACUUUGGGUCCUGCAACGAUUGAUCAUUCACAGUCAGGAAAAUGAUCAGUCAAUAAACUGAAAUCUGAACUGGUUAUUUUGAUUGUACUUGGCUUUUGAUCAACUGACACACAGAGCCACUGUGAAGAUAGCCAGCUAGGCUUAGCCAGGAGGAUUUUCUGUCCUGUACCAUGAGAGGUAUGGGGAGCUUGGUCUCUAGAAUUCCUGUUGUUCAGGAUGGAAUAUUGAGGUACCUAUCUGGUUGUGGGUUUGAGACAGAAGGCAAUAUUCAUAGACCAAAAGCUGUGCUGUCAGAAAAGGUGAAAGCCAUUAAAAAGAUGGAUCUCUCUGUUUAGCAGUGGGACCUGGAAAUAGCAUUGUUUCCGGAAAACUGUGUUGCUUAGAUUUAUCCUCCAGAUGCCACCAUUUCACAGAAAGCUUUCCAGAUAAAGGGACUGCAAGAACAUUACUGGUUUAGAUGAAAUGAUGAAUUUUUUCCUUAAAAACGACUUGGUAUUACAGUGUCAGGUCAUUCAGUGUCAUUCAGUGGAUGGAAAAAACAUCAUGUAUUUAUACCACAUUUAUACUAAAUGUGCUGUGCUUCUGUCACUUUUUCACCUCCCACUCUCUCCCACAGUAGCGCACACACACGGAUAUGCGUGUGCGUGUACAAGUGUAUCCGUAGGCGUUUCCUGUGUUUAUCUUAGUCUGAUUCAUGGCUGCAUCUUUUUGAAAUGCAUUUGGAGAUUGCUGUUAAUUUAUUUAAUAUAUAAAUAUAAAUAUAUAUACAAAUUUAUGUGCCAAAUCCAGCUCCUGUUCAGUCUUACUCAUUCCAAAACCAUAUUUGUACUGUAGGAAACCUUCCAUUUGAAACAGUAUGAGAUAUUGUUUCUUUCUGAUAGUCCCUUGUAACCGGUGCCAUGGAAAUUUAAAACUUGAAAUAAACAUUUUAAAAUGUUUAAA